AUGCCCCUCCGAAUCCCCUCAACCUUGUUCAUCAUGGACUCUGUCACGGAUUCCAUCCAGUACACAAAGGAGCAGGACUCCCCUAACUCCCCCACCAAUAAGGCCUCCCCCACCGACAAGGCCUCUCCCACCCCCGACGACCGCAAGGAGCCCUGGCGCGAGUUCAAAACCGUCAAGGACGAUGUCUCCGUUAGAAAAGUCCGUGACAUGCGCCUGUACGGGAACAAUGUCAAUGCUCACUCCUGA